UGAGACUGAGGUUGAAGUUAAAAUCUUUGAUAUUUUGAUGGAGCUUGUUGUUGAAUAUGAAGGUUUAUUUUAUUAUUAUUUUUCUCAAAUUAUAUUAUUUCAUCUAUUUUGAAUUUUCCUAACCCUGUAAAAUCUCAUAAAAAGCAUUCUAGGCGGCGAGUUUAUGCAAGCUUAUAACAAUCGAGUUUUGGUAAAGAAGAGCAAUCCGGAUCUUCUAGAACCAAUGUUAGAAAGCAUUUAAUUAAACCGGAUCGUUACCGCUUAAAAAAAGAUCAACCAGUAAAAAGGAAAAGAAAAGAGAGGAAAAAUGAGUUGGAAGAACGAACUACCGGACGAGCUAUGGAGAAAAAUACUUGAAAUCGGAAUCAAAGCCUCAAAUUUUACUUUUAAAGAUCUUUGUUGCGUUUCAAUCUGCAGCAGACGCCUCCAUCGUUUAUCCAACGACGACUUACUCUGGUCCCACUUGAUCUCCGUUGAUUUCCCCAAUCAAACAUCAUCAUCUUCCUCCGCCAAAUCCCUUUACAAAAUCAGGUUUGAGAGGGAAAAAGAGAGGAAAUUGUGGGCUCAUAAAAGGGCGGUGUUGAGGAAAGAGAGUCUGGUUUCGGAGCAUUUAAGGAAACUUCGAGAAAUUGAGGUUCGGUUACGUGAAGAAAGAAAUAAAUUGAACUCUGCACUUUUGGAGUUGUCUAAUUUACACAAGGUCAGUCAAGCGUCCGUGGCUUUGAAUGUGUGGCAGCCUGAGGUUGUGCGUGGUAGGCACAAGCAAAUGGUUGAGCAAUGUGUUGUACCGGUUGAAUCUAGAGUUCAUGCCCUAGAUAUGGAGGUUAAACUUUGCAACCAACAGCUACAAGUGUUUGAUAAGGCUUAUAGAGACGAGAAGAGAAGGCUUGAUACUGCUAAGGAAGAGUUGAAAUCCAUGAAAUAUCACCCUUUACGAGAUUAUACGCUAUCAAGUACUGAAAACCAAGAAAAUCGGAAAAAGAGGAAGAAGUUGAAAAACAUGCAUCAACUCUCCUGAUAAACAAAUGGUAAAACAACAUAGAUGAGCAUGUUUGCUGGAUUGCCUUGCUGCUCACACUGGCUCCCAUCUUGGUAACUAUGAGCCUUCGGGUCUUCCAUGCUCUGGCCUGGAAGUUUCUGACAAGGGUGCCGAUUGCCCUGUCUACCUUCUAAGGGCCGUAGGACUCUGGAAACCACGGAAGGAAAAUGGAAGGAAGAAGGAAAUGUUGGGUUUCAAGCCAAUAGAAAAUUUGAGCUUUCCAAUUGGUUGAACCGUUGGCUCAAGUUUUUACAGGUUUAGCUUUUGAUUUUGACGGUUCGAUUUAUGAUUUGAUUGCUGUCCUUGCGGAACAUUAAUCUUAAGUUUUGACACUUUCAAGUUGAACAAGAAAGGACUGUUUCAUAUCGGUAUAUAUUUUAUUUUUAAAUUUAAAUCUUGUAAUGUAAUGUAAUUUUUUUUUAAGUAAUGCGUAGUUUAGUAACAUUUUUGUUUA